UGGGAACAAAAACUUGAUUUAGUGCUAUUUUUAUCUUUUUCUCUAGUUUAUUUCCUAACUUAAUUUCCGAUUCAUAAUACUAAGAAUAACAAUCUAAAUUCUAAUGUAAAAAAAAAAAUAGCCAAAAAGAAUUUGCCGUUUAAUCGGUUUCUCUCGACUUCCUUCUGACUCUUUCGUUUCUUCUUCUCUGGUUGUGCAUCAUCUGCAACGUUGUCCACCCUAGAAGGUACAACGGAGUUGCAGGUUAUGGUUUGCACAAUUGUGAAUGCUGCUGUCCACGGAGCUGCAGUUAUGGUUUACAUAAUUAUGAUAGUUCUCAUAUUUAUUCUAAUUUAUAUUGUCUGCAAAAGACGUAGCUUGAGAUCCAAGACUCACGUGGAAGGAGAAUUCAAGAGUUUAGAUCCUAUGAUCAACUCUUUCUCGCUGAGGCAAAUCAAAGCAGCUACAAACAACUUUGAUACUGCAAACAGGAUUGGAGAAGGUGGAUUUGGUCCUGUACACAAGGGAAAGUUGCCUGAUGGAACAAUAAUCGCGGUGAAACAGCUUUCUACGGGAUCAAAACAAGGGAACCGCGAGUUCUUGAACGAGAUUGGUAUGAUCACAGCUCUGCAUCACCCAAACCUAGUCAAACUAUAUGGAUGCUGUGUUGAAGGAGACCAGCUUUUGCUAGUCUAUGAGUAUGUGGAAAACAACUGCCUUGCUCGAGCAUUGUUUGGUCCUCAAGAAACUCAGCUGAGAUUGGAUUGGCCAACAAGGAGGAAGAUCUGCAUUGGUGUAGCGAGAGGACUAGCAUAUCUCCACGAGGAGUCAAGGAUAAGGAUUGUGCACAGAGAUAUCAAAGCUACCAAUGUGUUGUUAGACAAGGAAAUGAACUCGAAGAUAUCAGACUUUGGUCUUGCCAAGCUUAAUGAAGAUGACAACACUCACAUUAGCACUCGAGUUGCUGGAACAUUGUAAGUCAAAUCAAUACCAUUAUAUCAU